CCCGAACGCUGAUUGAGGAUUUCUUCUUUCCCGCCCAAGACCCUUCGCGCAUUUUAUCCGACAACUUUGCGCCUCCGAUUUUACUCUAUUGACACCCUCCCUGCCUACCCCCUACUUCUGCAUUCGUUACCAAUCGGUGAAGCCAAAAACUGGAUACACUUUGUUAUCUGGUAGGUGAUACGGAUGAGUGUUUCUCACGGUGCCCAGCAGUUGGAGCUACCCGCCGAGGGAAUUUACAAAAAUUCGGUACAAGGGUGCCGGUAACCCCGGAAUCGUUCACUCGCUCGUCUCUCGUCGUUUCCAUCCUUCCCCAGCUAUCGUUGUUAUCGCCGGCUUGUUUCUCCGUCCCCGCUGUCCGCCUCAACGGGUGGGGUCGGCGAUAACGGAUGAUAAAAACCUGUUACAAACGCUCUUAUCUAGAGGUGACACCCAUGACGGAACGGAUUUGCUACGGGUUCUGCCCUACGGCCGAUUAUCUCGAUGAGAACUGUUAAUUGAGCGUAUAACGUACGAGGUGCAAAAACUUCCUCGACCUUAUUCCUAUAUCCAGGCUACUUGGCGGCAAUUCGCAGCAGCAAAGAUCGAUUGUUCGCGGAAUCAGGGAAUCGAGCUACUUCUAUGUCUCUGCGAAGGCCACGACAGUCACGCGCUAACUCUACUCGCUCAACACAUUCGGUAGCCUCAUCGUCAGGUCGUCAGUGCUCGCAGAACAUUAUGGCCAAUCUGGACACAGUCAAAGCACUGUUGAGAGCUGCAGAUGGGAUCAGUUUUGACGUUGACUCAACGGUCAUACAGGAAGAAGGCAUUGACGAAUUGGCAAAGUUCUGUGGAAAAGGAGACGAUGUUGCCGCUCUAACAAAGCAAGCCAUGCAAGGAAACAUGAGCUUCCGGGAAUCUUUGGGAAUUCGUUUAAACAUCAUCCGACCUACCCAAAAUCAGGUUAAAGAUUUUAUACGUACUCAUCCAGUGCGGCUUACACCUGGCAUCAAAACUCUGGUCGAUACCAUUCAGUCACAAAAUAAACAAGUCUUCCUCAUUUCUGGUGGAUUUUACUCUCUGAUCGUGCCUGUUGCCGCCCAACUCAACAUCCCACCUGAGAAUAUUUUUGCCAAUAAACUUAAAUUCUAUUUCACAGGUGAAUAUGCAGGCUUUGACGAAAACCAGCCUACAUCUCGAUCGGGUGGAAAAUGCGACGUUAUUAAAGAGCUGAAAGAUAAGAGGCUACUGAAGACCAUUGUACACAUCGGAGAUGGAGCAACGGAUUUGGAAGUUUUGCCUCCAGCAGAUACUUUUAUCGGAUACGGAGGCAAUAUCAUCAGAGAAGAUGUCAAAGCUCGAGCUCCUUGGUUUAUCACAGACUUCAAUGAACUGGUGAAAGUGCUAGAGGAAUAACUUUCACCUAUAGUAUGUAAAUGUUUCAUUGGACUAUUACAAAGGGUGUCGUGCUCUCUCAUGCAGGCAGAGAUGAUGCAAAUAUGAAACCUGUUCAUUAAUCAAAUCGUCAGUAACCCCAUGUUUGACACAUGAGGCAAUUAAUAUUCAAUAUACAUGUAUGUAUGUAUGUAUGUAUAGUGCAUUACGUAUUGUACAUAUGUAAGAUGUUUUGAACUUCACAUUGCCCUCUCUUUCUGUAUUCGGGCAUUCAUAUUAUUACGUUUAAAUGAUUAUUACCGGUAGCCUUGCAGUACGAAAAAGGGACAGUGACUUAAAGAAAGUGACAAUUUUUCACGUAUAAGGCGUUAAUAAAAUGUUUAUACACUA